CCCAGGAGGAGUCAGAGGCAUCUUCAGGACCAGCAGGAGCAUGGCAGAGGAUCUGGGGCUGGGCUUUGGGGAAACAGCCAGCGUGGAAAUGCUGCCCGAGGAAGGCAGCUGCAGCCCGAAGGCCAGAGCCAGGCUAGCAGCCAGGAGGAGAGGCAGCAACACACGUUGGGCUCUCACCUGCUGCCUGGUGUUGCUCCCCAUCCUGGCAGGACUCACCGCCUAUCUGCUCGUGGGCCAGCUCCGGGCUCAAAGAGAAGCCUGUGUGUUCCAGACACCAAAAGGACAGGAGUUUGGAUCUGCACAUCAGCGAGCUUACCUUCCUCCAGAAGCUGCUAGAGAUAAGCCAAGAGCACACCUGACAGUUGUGAGACAAACUCCCACACAGCCGCUGAAAAAUCAGUUCCCAGCUCUGCAUUGGGAACAUGAACUUGGCUUGGCCUUCACCAAGAACCGGAUGAACUACACCAACAAAUUCCUGGUGAUCCCAGAGUCGGGAGAUUACUUUGUUUACUCCCAGGUCACAUUCCGGGGCACCACAUCCGAGUGUGGCGAAAUCGGCCAAGGAAGCCGACUGAACAAGCCAGACUCCAUCAUUGUGGUCAUCACCAAGGUAACGGACAGUUACCCUGAGCCAACUCAGCUCCUAAUGGGAACCAAGUCAGUGUGUGAAAUAGGCAGCAACUGGUUCCAACCCAUCUACCUAGGGGCCAUGUUCUCCUUGCAAGAAGGGGACAAGCUGAUGGUGAAUGUCAGUGACAUCUCUUUGGUAGAUUACACUAAAGAAGAUAAAACCUUUUUUGGAGCCUUCUUGCUAUAGAGGCAGAGUGGACGUCAUUGUGUGAAACUCCUCUGGCUCCUAUUUCCUAAUUUUCUUCAUUCAUGUGUAAUUAUAACAAGAGGUUUUCUUGGAGCAUUCCACAGAGACAGUGGUUUAGCUAUGAAAUGUAGGGCCCAUAAGUUCACACCCUAUAUGCCUUACUGAUGAGAAUAUUAAUUGGAAAAAGGCAGAAGAGAGCAGAUGUAUUAUCAUGGUUGCUUAGAAGAGUGGUGAGUUUCUAAACAUUAGAACACUGAUCACCAAAUGAAUGGAUGAUCUACUCAGAACAUUUCCACACCUUCUUAUUACACGUUUGUCACCAGUGGGCCAAGUUACCAUGCAAUUUGAUUACGAAGCAUUUUCUUCAGUUCAGGAGCCUUGAACAAAAUCCAAAACCCUAGAAAACAGUGUAAACCCUUCAGAGGCGAAAUCCUUAAUCAGUUUCCCCAAACACGUACUUUAAUGCCUUGCCUAAAAAAAUGAAAAGAGAGCUGUUAUUUCUCAUGAAUGCUCUCAAAAAAAAGAAAUUGGUUUUCAUGCCAUCUAUGGCAAAUGAGAAAGGCUACCUUUCCCUUUAUCAGGUACAUGGGCAUCAAAACAAGCAAGUAUGAGUUCCACAUGCAUAUCAAAAAUACAACAAUACCAUUUAUUCAGCACAGUUUUCUUGCGUACCU